AUGAUCAACGCAGCGAGGGUUCAGCCCGGGGCCUACGGCGAGGAUCCGCAGUCCAGAGCCUCCGGUGCAGACUGUCUGAUGGGAGUGUACCUGUUCUUUGUCGGUGUGUUUGACGUGAAGUUCCGAGGGGAGUACAAUCGUAACGCUCUCCUGUGGAUGGAGAGUGUGGAAUGUCGAACCAUCGGAUUCCUGGCUAUGCUCUCCUCAGAGGUAUCGGUUCUGCUGUUGACCUACCUGACCCUGGAGAAGUUCCUGGUCAUAGUGUUUCCCUUCAGCCACCUCAGACCUGGUAAACUACAGACUGUGGUGGUGCUAGUGUCUAUCUGGGUGCUGGGGUUCAUCAUCGCUGUGGUUCCCUUGCUGAACGACGAUCUGUUUGAAACUACUAUGCCUGCAUGUCUGAACCUGGUAGCCUUCCUGGUGAUAGUGUUCUCCUACUCCUCCAUGUUCUAUCCCAUCUAUAAGACUGGAAUCAAUGCUACAGACCUGAGGAGCAGGCUACACAGAGAUGUGGCUGUAGCUAACAGGUUCUUCUUCAUCGUCUUCUCUGACGCCCUUUGCUGGAUCCCCAUCUUCCUGGUCAAGAUACUGUCCCUGCUGCAGGUCGAGAUACCAGGUACCAUCUCAUCCUGGGUGGUGAUCUUCAUAUUACCCAUCAACAGUGCCCUGAACCCCAUCCUCUACACCCUGACGACCAGCUUCUUCAGAGAACAGGUGGAGGUGCUACUGUGUCGCUGGCAGAGGCGGUCGGCCAUGAAGAAGAACAGGAAGAGCCUGACCUCCUCUACCAUACAUGGAGGCCUCACGGAAUACAUCCUAUCCCCCCCCAGUCUACCUACUGAUAUGGACCCUCGCUAUGGGUGAGGGAAGGAGGGAGAGAUACUACCACCCCCUUCAUAUCUGCCCAGAUUUUCAUUGGAUCCUGACUGUGGGUAGAAAGGGGGAGAGUGGAGAAAAGAGGAAGGACAGUAUUUAUUUUACCACCCCUUGAAUCCCGCUGACUGAGAUAUGAAGGCAUCUCUCCGCCUGGAGAAGGAGAGYAGAUAUUUGACCGAUCUAUUGCUCCUCUCUCCACACCACCCUGCAGCUCCAGCCAGAGGACUAGAGGACUACUGCUUAAUGAACCAUUCAUUUAAUACCAUUAAGACCAGGGCUGCCCUGGAGAGGGCUGUUUCAGACUAUUACUGCUGCAAAUUGAUUGCUCUUUAGGGACAAUAUUGAUUUGUGCUCAAAGCUCCAAGCUCUUCACUGUACAGUAUGGGAGAAAUUCACCUCACCCACCUCAUCCACUACAGUACUUACUAUUUUGCAGGGUUGGGGCCAAUUCGAAUUGAAGGUAGUCAAUUCAGGAAGUGAUUUGAAUUUGAACUUCAAUAAAUGGAAAAACUUUAGAAAUAAAUAGCUUUUACUUAUAGUUUCUUGAGAAGCAAUUUAAAAUUGYUGGUAUUUUUCGAUGCCUUCAAUUCGAAUUGACCCCAACCAUGCUAUGUAGCACCGAUAAAUGCUGGGACUGGGAGGAUGUAGGACCUGUUUACAUAUGGACUCCUUAUCAACAAACCUCUURGUUUGUUUGUUUGUUUGUACAUAAACAACUGAACUGUGUGUUUCUUUAAUAAUCUAGCUCCCUUGGUUGUGUGUGUCACAAAUGGCCCUUUGUUCCCUUUGUAGUGCACGUCUUUUGACCAUGUUGGGACGUGGACUUUCUUCUUUGUGGAGUCUGUUAUUCUAACAUGAAGAGAAGACUCUUACCUGUGGUCAGAUGUCUGUGUYCUGUACAUGCCCACUGGGCACAAACUGGUUGAAUCGAUGUUUUUUUUCAACAUAAUUUGUCAACGUAUUGUGAUGUGGAAUCUACGUGUAAAAUACAUUGAAUUUGCAGAAAGUCAUCAACUGUUGUUUUAAGGUGGAAUUUCAACCACAUGAUUAUGUCAUCAUUGUAACACAUUUUCAACAUAGACAAACCUUGUAUAAAAUAUGUUAKAUUUCUACCUUUGAAACAAUGUCAGAUCUUUAACGUUAUAUUCACUAGCAGAAAGAAAAGCAAUGGGACGGGCAGCACCUCCUACUGGAGAGUUGGUCUAUCUACAGCACCUCCUACUGGAGAGUUGGUCUAUC